CUCACACACACACACACACAAUUGACACCCCGCUCCCUCAUACUAGCAAAACCACUCCUCCCGUUUUUGCCCUAAUUCCCCCCCCCCUCCUCCACCGCCAUGAAUUGGAUUACGGGUGGAUUGUCGCCGUUCGUCGCUGCGACGGGUGCGAAUGCGUCGGCGUCGGGGCUCUCGAGCUCGUUCCCAAGCGCCCACCAGGCUCCGUUCGUCCGAGCACCCGGCAGUGCGAAUAGUAGUGGUGGUAGUAGUGGUAGUAAUGGUGCUGGCGACGCGCGAACGCAGGCCCAGCAGCAGCAGCACGACGAACUCCGACCGGGCCAGCCAGCCAACAACGACAGCUACCACUUUGACCAGCCGCUGCUGUCAUCGACGGCCACGCGGACUGCCGCUGCCCACUCGGCUGGCCAUGGGCGCGUUCUAGCAUCGUCGCAGAAUGGCAGUGAUACCGGAGGCGGAGGGUCGGCUCGAUUCGCGGGCGGCUCGUCAUCGCACGUCAUCCACUCCGUCCAGGAGCCGCCGCCGCCUGCGCCGUCGUGCUUGGUUCCAGGCACAAACAUUCAUGCAAGCGCAUUCCCAGAGCUGAAAGCACACUUCCGAACGCCCGAAGGCAAGUACGUCUACCACGAACCAGCCGUGUACAUGCUGCACUCGGGCAGAUUGGUGCACCUGGCAAAGUGGUGCCCAGUUCGCACGUCCAUCCUCGAGGCACGACCAAGCAGCGGCGGCAACAGUGCCAAAUCCAAGAAAUUUGCCUCCCCUCACAUUCUCCCGCCGCUGGAACGGGCCGAGUCGCGCGAUCUUGUCGAUGGCAGCGGUCAAGACGAGGAUGUCGCGCUGGUCGACGAUCGGCCCAAAUUUAAGGCCACAAGCGAGGCUACACACUCGAGCACAGCGUCGGAUGAUGGCCGACCAGCAGCAGAUGGUGCAACCAGCCACGGCAACGACAACGGCAAAGGCAAUGUCGAGCGCAGGGUCAGUGCCGGCGACGACGACUACUCUGCUGGUCCAAAAUUUGGCUCGAACAGUCCGCAGCGGCAGCGGCACUCUGCCGAAUCUGCAGCCAAGGGCUUCCAGCAGUCGCCACCCGCACGCACGGCAAGCGUUCCGACGCUCGGGUCGAAUGCCGAGGGCGAUUCAGCAACGAUGCCUCCAAAGAAAAAGCAAUGGUCCCUCACCAACCUUGUCAAGGGAACCGUCAAAGCGCUGACGCCGCGUUCGUCCAAGCCCGAAAAGCCCCCAGAGGGGUUCAAGUCUAGCGUGCGCCCAUACCCGCUUUCUGAGGGUUGCAUUGUUUACAAUAUUGGUCGUCACCUGUACUACCACGAGUUCCACGGCCCUCAAACCGUUGCAACAUUUAGCGCACCGGUUGAGCACGAUGACUUUAUGGACUGCUUUCCGACCGGGCACGACUUUAAUCGAUUGAGUGAAUCCAUUCAGCUGGCAGUCUGCCUUUCCUCCGGCUCUGUUCUUGUCAAAGGUCAAGCGCCGUCAAAACCAUUGUACAUGAACAAGGAGGGCAUCAUCACGACGACCAAAGCCACGUUUGUAAAAUGGGUGCCUGGGUGCGACACCUUGAUGGUCACUGCGUACGCGGACGGUCGCCUGCUCGUGUACGACAUGCGGUACCCGGAUCCAUCCCCGGUGCCAUCGGCCGGACAAGCUCCGCCGAAAGACGCUCCGGCAGUAGUCGUGCCUAUUUACAGGGACGACGUGUAUCCCGAAUAUGUUGUCUCCACCAAUUCUGCAGCCGUCAAUCCUCGGUCGAUCUGGACUGUAUCCAAGAAGCCCAUCACAGAGUUUGCUUUUUCUCCCAAUUUCAGGAACUUGGCAGUGGUUUCCGGGGACGGAAAACUACGCGUGUUUGAUUUUCAAACCCACGAACUCCUCAUGACUGGCUCGUCGUACUUUGGAGGUUUGCUCACCGUUAGCUGGAGCGACGACGGAAAGCUGCUGCUUACUGGAGGAGAGGACGAUCAAGUCUCGCUAUGGUCGUUUGAUCACCGCCAAUUGCUCGCACGAGGCGAAGCCCACAAAUCUUGGGUUUCGUGCGUCGCAUUCGAUGCCUUCACCAGCGACAAACAGACCUACCGCUUUGGCUCUGUCGGCCAAGACACGCGUCUGCUUCUAUGGGAAUUUACCAUGCCAAUAAAUCUUCGCCAGCAGGGCACGACGGCUGGUCACAGCAAGAACGCCGAGACAAGUGUUGAUGCCGCGGCCACCAAACCUACUUCGGUCGCCGUUCUCACGCCCAUCGUGUCCCAAAAGAUUCACUACGAGCCAUUGUGCAGCCUUGUCUUCCUACGGGACCUUGUCGUCACUUCUUGUCAGGGCGGCAUGACCAAGUUGUGGCUUCGUCCGCAUGUUGUGGCCGCGUUGUCAAGACAAGCCGAAGAGGAGGACAUGGUUGAGCAUCCGGCCGAAACCGUCAACGGCGGCGACAAGGGCCCAAUAUCUGGCUGAUGCAUCAAGUGCAAUGGAUUUGAGUAUCUGAUGUCUGAGGGUGUCACCGAAUACACGCUGCGCAUUACGGCGUCCAAAUGCA